AUGGCUGGGGGCUCCGUGAGGAUGCCGCCGCCUCCGCCGUGUGAGGCUGCGGAGCCGGCCCGCGGCUGGAGGAGCCCCGGCGGGGGAGCCCCCGACCCGCCGCCGCCGCCGCCGCCCGUGCAGCUGCGGCAGAAGCUGCGGGAGCUGCCGGCGCUGCUGCGGAGCGGGCUGACGCUGCGCAGGAAGAGCGCGGCCGCCGCCGGCCACCGGAUUUAUGGAGAAAGUUCCUCCUGUGCUGGAAGAGCUCUCAGGAAUAUUUUCACACUACAAGCUUCUGACCUGAUUAAAGACCGGGUGUACCUUACUGGAAUUUGCAGGAGAAGCUGUGUUGGAUCAGAACUGGUAGACUGGCUCUUGGAGCACUGCCCAUUUGUUAAGUGCAGAUCUACAGCAGUUGGAGUGUGGCAGCUGCUUCUGGAUAUGGGCAUUAUAUUAUCAGUGGAUAGACAACUCUAUUUUCAAGAUGCUCAUGCUUUCUACCAGUUCUCAGCAGAUGAAUGUACCUACCUUUUCUGUGAAUUUGAGAAAGAGGAAGGCUGGAAGAAUGGUGUAAAGCUCCUACUUCAACUACUGCCAUUGGCUCCUCCCAGGAUUGACAUGUGCAAUCUGUGGAUUGUAAAGCCAGCGUACAGUACAUGUGGCCCUACAUCGGUUAUUGGAGGUGCUGUCUGGGCACGGGACUGUGGGCACAGCUGUAUUGCUUCCUCUGCCAGCAGGCCUGAUCAAAAAAUAGAAGAUACGGCAGAAACCAAUGCUGAAAUUCUUGCUCGUCUCACUUCUGCGUGGAAGAAGCAGAGUCAGUGA